AUGCUCACCCGAUCUGUACUGCGAUCUGCCACUGGGCCCUCUUGCACCGUUGCCUCCCUGGCCUCGAAAGCUAGAAUCUCCCCCUUGUGGGCAUCAUCAGCACCCCAGGGCCAGUAUAAGAAUCCAUUGUGUAGCGCGAUUCCCACUGGAAAGCGGUUUGUCUCAGCAUAUGGCUAUACGCAAUCGAAGGCGCUGGUCUAUUCGAAAUAUGGCGAACCAAAGGAUGUUCUACGGCUUCACAAACACUCAAUCUCCCCUCCUCAUGGAACGCAAGUUACUCUACGCCUCCUCGCUGCCCCACUAAAUCCUGCCGACGUGAAUCAGAUCCAGGGUGUAUACCCGAGCAAACCACCUUUUCAGACAGCACUUGGCACGGAGGAACCUUCGGCAGUGGCAGGGAAUGAGGGUGCCUUUGAGGUUAUCGCCACCGGUUCGAACGUCAAGAAUCUCGCCAAAGGCGACUGGGUUGUCAUGAAACAAACCGGGCAAGGCACCUGGCGCACCCAUGCCCAGAUGGACGAAUCGCAAUUGAUCAAGAUCGAAAACAAAGACGGUUUGAGUCCACUCCAGAUCAGUACCGUCAGCGUCAAUCCUGUCACUGCCUACCGAAUGAUCAAGGAUUUCUGCGACUGGGAUUGGAUGCGUGCUGGAGAAGAGUGGCUCAUCCAGAACGGAGCGAACAGCGGCGUGGGUCGAGCUGCCAUCCAGCUUGCGCGCGAGUGGGGUAUCAAGACACUUAAUGUUGUUCGCGAGCGGGAGACGCCCGAGGAAACCGAAGCUCUGAAGAAGGAACUCUACGAUUUGGGCGCCACCGCGGUGGUCACGGAAUCCGAGCUACUCUCGGGCGAGUUCAGGAAUACGGUCAAGGAGUUGACCCGCCAAGGCAAGGAACCAAUCCGACUGGCCCUGAACUGUGUGGGUGGUAAGAGUGCCACAGCGUUGGCGAAGACCCUCGCUCCAGGUUCGCAUCUGGUCACUUACGGCGCCAUGUCAAAACAGCCUGUUGCUCUGCCCUCCGGUCUUCUGAUCUUCAAGGAUCUUGUUUUCAAUGGCUUCUGGGUGAGCAGAUGGGGAGACAAGCACCCCGAACUCAAAGAAAGCACUAUCAAGGAUGUGUUGGAGUUGACUAGAUUGGGCAAGUUCAAAGAUAUCCCCGUGGAGUAUCUCAAAUGGACCUGGGACACCGAAGGCUCUGAGCUGGCUGCAGGUGUGCAAGAGACUCUCAGUGGCUUCCGCAAGGGCAAGGGUUUGUUGAAAUACGAAGGCGACGAGUAA